AUGAAGGGUGUGAAGAGAUUCGGUAUUAAGGAAAAUUUGAGCCCAAGGUAUGUGGGGCCAUACGAGAUUAUCAAAAGAAUUGGAGAAGUGGCCUACAGGUUGGCUUUUCCGGAGACAUUGAAAAGGGUUCAUGAUAUAUUUUAUGUCUCUCAAUUGAGGAGAUACGUGGUUGAUCCAUCUCAUAUACUUCAGUCGGAAGUUUUGGAUCUUCGUGAGAAUUCGGUGUACGUGGAACAACCUAUUCAGAUUGAGGCAUUGAAAGUUAGAUCGAUGUGGAACCGUGAGAUAAAGAUGGUAAAGGUAGUGUGGUAG